AUGAUGCAGUUUGGCAAAAACGGUGAGAAGGUGUGCCAUCUGGAACAGAGGAAUCUGAAGCAGAAGAUAAACAUGACGCGUGUUGAUGUGAUGGCAGAAUGUACAGUAGCAAGGCGAUUCGAUUGUGAACGUGACAACGAGUUAAGCAUAAAAGCGGAAGAGAUCCACCGAAAGUCACAGUUCCAAUAUCAUUCAACCGAGAAUGAAGCUCUACCACCUGGACAUGUGGAUAUACCACAAUCAGUACUGGAUCUAGUAGAAUGGGAUUAUUUGGACGAGUAUCAGCAAAACAACACCAAUUCUACGGGUUGCCCAUUCAAGGCGCUAUUCGGUGCCGCUUGGAAUUGGUUCGAUCAUCAAGAAAAUGUAGAAUAA